AUGGAUCCAGGAAAUAUUGCAGAUGUGAUUAAAUCUCUCAUGGGAACUAUAGGAAAACCAAUUGGGUCAAAUGAAUACCCAAAGUAUCCUAUGGAUUACCAGAUUUCAAGCGAAAUGAACUUUUUAAAUGUUCAUUAUCCAGGAAUUUCGCAAGAAAAGAUGAGAGCAUUUGAAAUUGGUAACAAAGCAGAUACCGCCCUAAUCCAAGGUUGCAUUAGUGAUGCAAAUGAAAUGGCUUGGAAAGCGAUUUCACUUGAUGGAAAUGCAUGGGACGCAUACAGAGUACUUAUUUGCUCACUCGAAGCAGAUAUUAACUCAGAUUAUCUUACUCAGAUCUUGGCUGCCAGAGAACUCAUCCGUGUUGAACGUGAAAUUUUCAAAGAUAUUUGA